GACAAAGGGUUCCCAUUUGUUCACAUGACUUUCAAACUCUGGUAUCCGAGGGUACCUCGUCUCUCCCCGGUCCUUUUGCCACAUCGUGAAAUAGAAAGGAGCUGAACACGUGUGUAGACAAUGGACCCGCAUCUUUUUAUUGGUAUAUAAUUCCACUAUUUAAUAUUUAUUUAAUGAGAGCAUCCAAAUGAGUUCUGAGUUCGCUUAAAGAUAGUAACUUGGAGGGUCUCUUGACGUGUUGAAGCAUCAUUUUGUUGGCCGAAGCAAUGGAUUCUGCGCUUCUUGUGUCCUUUCCAAAUGCUUCUGUAGGUGGGAACGGUUGGAGAAGGGGCAAUCUCAACAAGAGCUUUUCAGGUUCAUAUGCAGCAGUCAGAGUUUCAAGAAGCAGAGCAUGGGACAUCUUGGAAAGAUAUUGUGGUGUUGGGUCUCAGCAACAUCUUUUGAAGCAUCACACCAGAAACACUAAGGAAAAAUCUGCAUUCUACAGGAGGCAUGGUAAAAGGUUGUUGGUGAAUGCUACUGCUGGUCAUCCUCUUGAAUCCGAACCUGGAGCUUGUAAUUCGAAAAGCAAAUGGAUCUCUAUCAAAAAUGCCAUAGAUGCUUUUUACAGGUUUUCAAGGCCGCACACAGUUAUAGGCACAGCGUUGAGCAUAAUUUCAGUUUCUCUCCUUGCAGUUGAGAAUCUGUCAGAUUUUUCACCCUUAUUUUUCACAGGAGUGCUGGAGGCCGUAGUUGCUGCUCUCUUUAUGAAUAUUUACAUUGUUGGUUUGAAUCAGUUGUCUGACAUUGAUAUAGACAAGGUUAACAAGCCUUAUCUUCCAUUGGCAUCAGGAGAAUAUUCAGUUGGGACUGGCAUCAUGAUUGUGACAUCUUUUCUACUUCUGAGUUUUUGGCUUGGAUGGGUUGUUGGUUCAUGGCCAUUGUUUUGGGCCCUUUUCAUCAGUUUUGUCCUUGGAACUGCUUAUUCAAUCAACUUGCCACUAUUGAGAUGGAAGAGAUCUGCUGUGGUUGCAGCAAUGUGCAUCCUAGCUGUUCGGGCAGUGAUAGUUCAACUUGCUUUUUUCCUGCACAUGCAGAUUCAUGUGUACAAAAGACCAGCUGCCUUUUCUAGGCCACUAAUUUUUGCAACUGCAUUUAUGAGCUUCUUCUCAGUUGUUAUAGCAUUAUUUAAGGACAUACCUGAUAUUGAUGGAGAUAAAAUAUUCGGCAUUCGGUCUUUUACAGUACGUCUGGGACAAAAGCGGGUCUUUUGGAUUUGUAUUUCGCUACUUGAAAUGGCUUACAGUGUUGCCGUUUUAGUGGGAGCAUCAUCCGGCUUCCUGAUGAGCAAAUGCAUCACGGUUUUGGGACAUGCAAUUUUGGCUUCGAUACUCUGGAAUCGAGCCAAAUCUGUUGAUCUCAACAGCAAAGCUGCAAUAACAACCUUUUACAUGUUUAUAUGGAAGCUCUUCUAUGCUGAGUAUCUACUUAUACCACUUGUUAGAUGAGGAUGACAACUUAUUUGAGAUCAAAGGUUGCCUUCAAAAUCUUAGAGGGAAUAAAUCAAAUGCCAUUACUGGGAUUGUUCAACUUACUUUGUAGUUUGACAAUACAAUUGGGAACCUAUGAUGCAAUCACUCAACUCAUUAUCCUCAUAUUGCUCUGCUAACAGCGAUACCCAUCUUCUUUUUUGAGUACAAGCAAUAAUCUAAACUAGAAGGGAAGGGGGGUUUCUUGUACACACUACCAAAUAUGCCAUGAGGGUUCGGAUAUGAGACUACGGGUCUACAAGUCAAGAUCUUUUUCCACAAUGCUAGAUCCCCUUGCCACCCAUCUUUAAAAUUUCAUUGAUUGGAUUAAAAAGGGGAGAUGCUAAACCCAGUCAACUAAAGGAUUUUUCGACAAAUGCCACUGGCACUUAAUGUGAACGCUCUAAGCUGUUUUCAACCUGCAAACAAACCUCAUUAUAUCUGUCUGCGUGACAUGAUUUGUGCUUAACCCGUUACGACUGUUUGAAUUGAGUAUAAGCAUGUAGCACUUAUCCUCUGCUUAUAAAUAUUUGGGCAAUUUAAGGCCUACAUGCCCGACAUUCGGUUGGUCUGCUUAUGUAGUGCUCCUUUGUUUAUUUGUGUAAAGAAAAAUAAUAGGCAUACCAUAUUUAUAUACCACAUUGUGUACUACUUUUAUCAUAAUGGUGGAUUCCACUUCUAUUAAAAAGAUGGUACAUAAUGUGAUAUAUAAAUGUGAUAAGACUAGCAUUA